AUGUCAAAGCAAUCUUUACCAUGGAUCUUUACAAUACUAGUACUUGUUGGAAUCUUGGAGGUAACAGUAGUAGCGGUAGAUCAUAUCAUGGCGGCGGCGGCAGGAGGAGGAGGACAUGUUUUCGAGCUGUACAUGCAUGAUAUUCUAGGCGGCAGCAACCCAACAGCCAGACCAGUAACAGGUUUAUUAGGUAACAUAUACAGCGGUCAGGUACCUUUCGCUAGACGUAUCGGUUUCCGCGCACCACAAGGCGGGGUUGUCAUUCCUAACGCCAACGGUGCCAUUCCAGCCGUCAACGCAAAUGGAGUUCCGCUCGGAACCGGCUUGGUUGGCACACAAUUCGCGGCCGCAGCAGGAAUAAUCCAAAACCAGGUAGCAGCAGCCCAACUGGGACCAGAUGGGCUGGGUCUUGGGUUUGGGACCAUAACAGUGAUAGAUGACUUAUUGACCAUUGACUCGAAGCUGGGUUCUCAGCCACUAGGAAGGGCACAGGGCGUCUAUGUUUCGAGCUCCGCAGACGGAAGCAGGCAGAUGAUGACAUUCACGGCAAUGAUGGAAGGAGGGGAGUACGGAGACAGCAUCAACUUCUUUGGGGUCUACCAUAUCGGAAGCGCAAUGUCUCGCUUGUCACUCACCGGUGGAACCGGCAAGUUUCUACAUGCCUGUGGCUUCGCCGAGGUUCGCUCCCUAAUACCGGCUGGUCAGAUUGUUGCUGAUGGUGUGGAGUCCUUGCUCAGGCUCACCGUUCAUCUUUCUUACUAG